CAGAGAUAUCAGUAGAAAAGGAGGCCCUUCCAUACCCCAGAAAAUGUAACAACGGGUACUCAGCCUAAUCACAAACAUGCGCUGUUACGGCCGAGAACUAUGCGCCAUUAUCGCGCGUCUUCUGGAUCAUGCAAAAAUCCCUAAUGUCCUCUGGAACGAGUACAUGCUAUCUGCCUAUGGUGCCUUUACACAAGAGCCCCACGACAUAUCUUUCAUCAUCCCAAACAGACUGCUCGACGCUGCAUAUCGAACCCUACAAGCAGCAGGAUUCACAACCUGUCCCGAGAGCGACGUCGAAGCUUGCUCGCGCUUCCAAUGUCCCGAAGACGGCAUGAUACCAGCAAGACACUUCCAUAUCGCCAGCUACUGGAUUGUUCCCGCGCAUACAUACUACCUAAAACUAUACGGACACGCAGAAACCCUCUUCUCAUUCCUGGAACCCACUUUGAACGAACCGUCCCGACACGACAAAUACUACAUGUCAACCAGGGACGAACGCCUCCCUACUCAGAUUGAGCCACUGCACGACGAGAGGUUGAUGCUAUAUGUCGAGCUCAAUGAAAGAGCAUAUAGAGACCCAUACGAGCUGGAAAGAUAUAAAAUCAAAAUUCCGAAUCUCACUAUGGCCAUUCACGCUCUUAUCCUCUUACGCUGUCGAGAUGAGGGCUAUAAUAGCCAUUGUGAUGAUGUUUGGUAUCGCAUGCUAUCUUCUAUUCGCUGGUAUGUUGUCCAGCGGGGUAAAAUGCAGAUUGGCAGACUGGAAGCGGUCAUCCAGCCGAUUUGGGAUAACUUGGAACAGCAGUAUGUAAAUCUGUGGAUAAGAGCCCUGCGGAAGAAGCUUAAGAGGGAGAGAGUCCUGCCGCUUCCGUUUUAUGAUCGGAAUUGUAGGUGCUUUCGCGAUUUGGAUGAGUGAGUUUUGGUAGAUGCUGAAUGAUAUAGGCGGUUUGUUUUGCAGCCUCUUAACCAGCCAGGGGUGCUCCACUAACCCCAUCCGCUACUUUACGAUACUGGUGUCGAUAUGAAUGGCAGUCUAUUCGCUAGGAUAAAAUAAACGCCUGAUACCAGUUUUCAAACUUCAAGCGUCACUAGGCAUCCACCGACCAUCAAGGGCCCAAACACCUGCUGUCACCUAACUCCUCUCAGAAAUAAAACAAUCAGCUCCGACUAACAGAGACGCACCUUCACGAAGAGCCCCACUCGUAUGCCAGGGCAUAUAUACGGUUGUUCGGUCCAUAGAGGGAAUGCGUGGUCCAUAGAGGGAAUGCGUACUCAAUAUCCAAGCAACCAGUAUACAUUCCGAAAUGCAGUGC